AAACCUACAUGGGAAAUGAUUAACAGGGAGGCCAUGUCUGCAAUAGCCAACUUAGUGGGGCAGAGUGGAAACAGCUUCCAUGUGUUUGACCAAGGCCAGUUUGCCAAGGAGGUGCUUCCAAAGUACUUCAAGCACAACAACAUGGCCAGCUUCGUGCGACAGCUCAACAUGUAUGGCUUUCGGAAGGUGGUACAUAUCGAGCAAGGAGGCUUGGUGAAGCCCGAGAAGGACGACACUGAAUUUCAACAUCCGUACUUCAUCCGAGGCCAGGAGCAGCUCCUGGAGAAUAUCAAGAGGAAAGUAACCAGCGUGUCCAGUAUAAAGAACGAGGACAUCAAGGUCCGUCAAGACAACGUAACCAAGCUGCUGACUGACGUGCAGCUGAUGAAGGGGAAGCAGGAGAGCAUGGAUUCCAAGCUGGUCGCCAUGAAGCAGUGAGUAGGGCAGCAGGGGCGGGAUAAAGCGGUGCUCUUCGCUCUGACGUCUGCCAGAGUCCCAGGGCCUCAGCAGCAUCACCCAGUGGGAGGAGCAGCUGGGGCGUCGCUGUCGCUCCUCGCAGACCGUGGGGUGACAAUGCCCAGCCCGGCAAGCUUAGGCCGAGUUCGGCUGUGCUGCCUUCCCUUGAGUCCAGCUCCGCGCCGGCCGCAGGGGCUGCUGGGAACAGAGAGCUGCCCUCCCUCCUCACUCUCUGCGCGCAGCUCUUCCGUCAGGCUGUUCCGGUCUC